AUGCUCAAUUGGGAAGCUUGCCUUAAACUUAAUCGUUCCGGAAUUUUAUGUCAACUAGACAACUUUACAGGAAAAACAGAAAAUAAUAAAAAACGUCAAAAUUCGAUUCAAUUAAAAAAACAAAAACAUCGCUUAGCUACUGGAAAUUUAAAUUUAAUUAACAACCAUUCUUCGGCUACAACUCUUUUUUCAAAUGAAAAUAGAAAUAGUAGUCAACAACAACAACACAGCCCUUCUACAGCUUCUGACCAUACAGAAGAUAAUGAUGGUUGUGUUGCUGGUACUUCAACUAUUAAAUAUGAACAGAGACAUCAGCAACAUGUUUUGGACCAUAUUUCUGAAAAUGAUAGUGGUAUCGACUCUCUUCGACAUUACCAAUCCCCGUAUAAUUCCUAUGCCAGCUCUGUCAGAAGAUUGGAACAAAAUAAUGAAGGGAAUUGUAUUGUAUCCUCUCAGUUAAAAGAGAGGAGAAAAUCGCUUGUAGGAAGCACAAUGUUGGAUAAUGAAAAUGGGGAGAAUUUAAAAAAUUCAAAAGAGAAGAGUGAAAGAAGGGUAAUGAUUACAGCUACAGGAAGUGCUCAAAUGGAUGCUUGUUUAGCUAUUCAUUUGGAUGGGGCUAGACAGCCUUUAGAGAUUAUAUGUCAAGUACAAGGAAGUCCGUUUGAAUAUACAAUGACUAAAAUGCUUUGCAGAAUGGAGGGUGUUGAAACAAUUGCAUUAGAAUCAAUGUUAGGCCUUCUACAAGAUAUUUUAGCUCAAUGCCAACCAAAUCCACAGAAUGUUUUACUCCAAUUAGGCCUUCAAUUCCAACUACAACAAUGCUGGCUCUCUGCCUGCAAAACUGAAAAUGAAUUUUUGCUUGCAUCAGCUUCUAUAUUAAGGGAUAAAUUGAGACCGAUAUGUGAACCUAUAGUUAGAAAUCAUUAUCCAAAAUUGAUCGAAAAAGUUUUGGAUUCUCUUUUUUCUCUACUUAUUGAUAAUCCAACUGGCAGGAAAAAACAAUCAAACAAUCAUCAAUUACCCGUUACAAUAUUUCAAUUUGUAUCACUUUUUAGAGGAAAACAAUUCUCUGCUUUUAUCGAAAAUCUUUCUCAUGAAGCCUGGAUUACUGCCAACCUCCAAUCAGGCUUACCCAGUGCUAUUAGAGAUGUAAUGGGACGUCUUAGGAAUGUUCCUGUUGUUCCCCCACUAGAAAGUUUAAGACAUAUUGGGCUUGUUUUGGCUGAGCAACAUCAAGAACUUUAUUCUCCUAUAGAAAAAUAUUUACGCAAAGCAUCGCCAGAAUUAGCCCUUGAUUUAUCUGCCUGUUUCAUGUGUUUAUUAGAACAUGAAAAUGAUGCUAGUAGGAGAGGGGCUUGCCGUGCUUUGGCUAUUCUUGGGGUAAAUUUAUUUAAAUUUUUCGAAAAAAUUGGGGAUGUGGCUGCAUCACCGGCUUUGAAUCAGCAUUACACAGAACGAUAA